AUGUCCAACCCAAGAGUCCUUAUCGUGGGCGCAUCCAUCGCAGGCCCGACGGCCGCUUACUGGCUUGCCAAAGCUGGAGCAAAAGUUACUAUCAUCGAGCGCUUUCCAAAACUACGUACAAAUGGACAGAAUGUCGAUAUUCGAACUGUUGGCGUCACGGUAAUGCGGAGGAUGGCCGGGAUGGAGGCGACUGUGCGAUCGAAAAUGAUACCUAUGGAAGGUGUUAGCUUCGUCAACACCAACGGUCAAUCAUAUGGAACUCUCGGGGCCACUGGAAACCCGGAUCAGCAAUCACUAGUGUCCGAGUAUGAGAUCUUCCGCGGCGAUCUAUCACAAAUUCUUUUCGACAUGACUAAAGACAACGAAAAUAUCACCUACAUUUUUGGCGAGCAGGUCACAUCGAUCCGGCAGCAAGAAAAAGGCGACGGUCCAGUUACCGUUGAAUUCGCAAACGGCCUACCCCCUUCUGAGUUUGACCUUGUGGUUGCUUGCGAUGGUGGCAAUUCGAGGACCCGCGCCAUAGGGCUUGGCUGCGCUGUUCGUGAUCACAUUACGCCGGCGAACUGCUGGGCAGCUUACUUUUCAAUAAAGCAAGACCUUCUUAAGGGAACCAAAUUGGGACACGCAUACAAUGCUCCCGGUGGCCGUUUUAUUGGCAUCGCGACGGAUUCACCUGGCGUCACCCGAAUUGCUGCAAUGAAUUUCCACCCACCGGAUAAUCCCGACGCUACGCUGCCGUUUCGUGAAGCUUUGAAGCAAGGAGACGAUGCGCUGAAGAAAUACAUAGCUAAUCACUUUAAAGGAUGUGGCUGGAUUUGCGAUGAGUUGAGCAAGGAAAUAAUGGAGGCACAGAACUUCUACGCCAGCGAGAUUGUCCAGGUCAAGGUUCCCAGCAUAUACAAAGGUCGCUUUGUGCUGGUUGGUGAUGCAGGUUAUGCACCAGGCCCUACUGGUACCGGAACCAGCCUCGCUAUGGCCGGCGCCUAUGUGUUGGCUGGAGAAGUGGGUAAGCACAAAGGCGAUCUAGCAGCAGCACUCAGGGGUUACGAAGAGCAGAUGCGACCCAUUAUCAAUGACAUGCAAAAGAUUCCACGAUUUUUUCUUACGGUUCUUGCGCCCCAGACAGCUUGGGGAAUAUGGCUACGAAACAUCAUCUUUGCUUUUAUCACUUUGACAAGACUCUUAGCAUUUGUACAGAAGCUCUCUGCAGGCGCUUUUUCCAGCACGGAUAAGCACAAUUUGCCGGAUUAUGACUGGGUGUCUUAG